GCAGGAGGGGAUGCGUGCGGAGGGAUUCCCCUUCCCCGAGAGCGAGCUGGCCGGUGACGAGCGCUCUGUCCCGCCUCGCCGGCCGUGCGAGGAGAAGAUCUUCAUGUAACUGGCUGAAAAAUGGUUCUGCAAGAUGACAGCACCAACUCGAACACUGUUAAAAUGACUCUAUAUCUUCUGGUGGCUUGAAUUUAUGAUAACUCUGUGCACUUGAUGAAUUCAACAUUUUGAGACUAUCUUCACUUUGACGUGAUGUGUGAAGCUUGUUAGUCAGCAUUUUUUGUUUGCUUUUUUACAGUUAUUGUGGAAGGUUACAAAUGGUGUGGGUUUUUAUCAUGAAUCGAAUGAGCUCCCAGAGCAGUUCAUCCACUCAGCGUAGGCGAAUGGCUCUAGGAAUCGUCAUUCUUCUCCUCGUUGACGUGAUAUGGGUUGCCUCUUCAGAACUCACUUCUUAUGUUUUUACAAAGUACAACAAACCUUUUUUCAGUACAUUUGCAAAAACAUCCAUGUUUGUUCUAUACCUCUUUGGAUUUAUUGUUUGGAAACCAUGGAGGCAACAGUGUACUCGUGGGUUUCGUGGAAGGCAUGCAGCUUUUUUUGCAGAUGCUGAAGGUUAUUUUGCUGCUUGUACAACAGAUAACACUGUAAACAGUUCUCUGAGUGAACCUUUAUAUGUUCCUGUAAAGUUUCAUGAUUUGCCAACUGAAAAAAAUGGCAGUAAUAAUAGUGAUGCAGAGAAAACUCCCAAAAAGCCUCGUGUAAGGUUCAGUAAUAUUAUGGAGAUUCGACAGCUCCCAUCAAGCCAUGCAUUGGAAGCAAAGUUGUCUCGCAUGUCAUAUCCAACAGUUAAGGAGCAGGAAUCAAUAUUAAAAACUGUAGGAAAACUCACUGCAACUCAAGUAGCAAAAAUUAGCUUUUUCUUUUGCUUUGUGUGGUUCUUGGCAAAUUUCUCUUACCAAGAAGCUCUGUCAGAUACCCAAGUUGCCAUAGUUAAUAUUUUGUCUUCAACCUCUGGGCUUUUUACUUUAAUCUUAGCUGCAGUCUUUCCCAGUAACAGCGGAGAUAGGUUUACCCUGUCCAAAUUAUUAGCUGUUAUUUUAAGCAUUGGUGGUGUGGUACUUGUUAACCUUUCUGGAUCCAAGAAAUCUGCUGGAAAAGACACAAUAGGUUCCCUUUGGUCUCUUGUGGGAGCGAUGCUGUAUGCUGUGUACAUAGUAAUGAUAAAAAGGAAAGUAGAUAGAGAAGAUAAACUUGACAUACCAAUGUUCUUUGGUUUUGUAGGGCUGUUUAAUCUGUUGCUGCUGUGGCCAGGGUUUUUCCUGCUUCACUAUACUGGAUUUGAAGCAUUUGAAUUUCCCAGUAAACUGAUAUGGAUGUGCAUUGUCAUUAAUGGCCUUAUUGGAACAGUUCUGUCAGAGUUCCUCUGGCUGUGGGGCUGCUUUCUUACCUCAUCACUGAUAGGCACACUUGCGCUAAGCCUUACAAUACCUCUGUCCAUAAUAGCUGACAUGUGCAUGCAAAAGGUGCAGUUUUCCUGGUUAUUUUUUGCAGGGGCAGUCCCUGUAUUUUUUUCUUUUUUCAUUGCAACUCUCUUAUGUCACUAUAACAACUGGGAUCCAGUGAUGGUGGGAAUCAGAAGAAUUUUUGCCUUUAUUUGUAGAAAACAUCGAAUUCAGAGAAUGCCGGAAGAAAGUGAGCAGUGUGAAAGUCUCAUUCCUAUGCAUAAUGUUUCACAAGAUGGAGACAGUUGCUGUUCAUAGACAAAAGGUAUGCUUAAUAAACUUCAAACGAUACAGAGAAAGUUUAAAAAUGGAGUGAUGCCCAGCGAAGAGACAAUCUUCUGGAAAAGUCCCUAAGGAAUCAUGUUUCAGUGCCUAUUCUGAAUUUGUAGUAGAAAUAAGAAGUUUCAGUUCUUUUGAAACUGUAAACUUUUCAUCUUUCUUGCUUUCAUCUGGUUUUAUAAAUGAACAAAUUUACUACAUGCCUAUCACUGUAGGGAGUCAGUCCAUCUGAGCAACCAGCCUGCCUUAUAACACUAAGCUGGUGAAGUUACUUGACAAAAUGGAGAAAACAAAUGCUGUUAAGUGGUUUCUUUUUUCUUAACUCACAAUUUUGUUAAAUGCUGGACAAUAUUAUUUUUAAAAAAUACUUUCAAAUGAGUUCUGUAAAUAACUUUGCAGGCCAUCAAGUCUUACAGGCUUUCAGAUGAAAAGCUAAAUGGAUAUGUUACCUGUAGUAGGUACAAAUUAACUUUUUUUUAUGUUGUAUAAACUAUUUGCAUAUUAAUAGAAGAAAAUAGAAAAAUAAUUUAUUAAGUGCAUUCUUGCAAUUAUUGAGGCGGGAUCUUUGUACGGUCCUGGAACACUACAUAUAUAUUGUCUUACGCCAUUUUGAGAAGCCUUGUAAUGGCAAUGGGUGCCAAUGUUUAAAAAUCUUUCGUUACCUAAGAGUCUGGAAUAUUUAAAAUUUUAGUGAAUGGUAAAAUACUUAUAAUUACAAUACACCUGGGUGUACAUUCUCAAGAUCAAUAUUUGUUUUAAACAGACUGAUUCUGUAAUCCAUUCUCAUUCCCAGAUACCUCACAUGGAAAACUAAAUUUGAAAAUUUUCACACAUGUAGUUGCCAACUUACAAAAGAGAUCAAAUUAAUUGUGAAGGUUUUCAGUCUUUGGGUUGGCACUACAGUAAUCUGCUAAACAAUCUGAAAGAUAAAGGUGUUUGCAUUGAUUUUUUUUCAGCUGCAUUAAUAAAUUUAUUCUAAAAUUUAUCAUUUUCCUUAUAACCCCUAUCUUCCUUCCACUGUGCUUCUGUCCUAUUUGAUUCUGAAAAGUUAUGAAUAAUUUUAUUCAGGAAUAUUUGAAAUUAGUCAGUGCCAUUUUCCAACUUCUGGCCUAUAAGACACUUUAAUAUAAAGUUAGUUUUGGCUUUUGAUGGAUUUUAUUUUUUUUAUAGUGAAUGUAGGAUGGAUUUUUGGCCAGCAGUAUUCUCUUCCACAUAACAAGAUUAUUAAUAAUAGAGUACUUCUACUAUCAUUCCACACAAGUAUAGAAGGAUGACAUAACACAAAUGCCUUUUCAUGUUUUGACACUUAGUGAUGAUCCUUCCAAAAGAAAUUUUGAUGGUUUGGUGAUACAACUACUGGACAAGAGGGAGUGCAGGAAAGGAACAUGCUUAGUUGUAUGUUUAGCUGCUGGCUAAUCAAUUCUUCUAGAAUUUAAUAUAAAAAUCUGUAAGUAGGGAAGGAAAAAAAAUCAAAACAAACCAAAAAAAACCAAACAAACAAACCAGGAACCUGGGGGCUAUUUCUUUCCAAUUUUUAAUAUUGGCUUACAUUACAAGUUUCAGUGAUCUGAGGCAUUUCUUUAAGAUGAGACAGUAAGUCCUCCUUUGCAUGCCUGAAAUAAGAAUUAAAAAAAACCAAACAGCAAAACUACAAACCCAAAACAAACAAAAAAGUUUAUUAAAUUCAUGUAGACACUCUGAGAAACUUCACAUUUCAAUUCCCAAACCCCACAGGUGGAGGGGUUGAAAAUGCAAUAUGUAGAACUGAUUUUACAUUUAACUUUGGUAGAAUUUUCAGGGAUUUCUUUGUAAGUGGAGUUUCCUUAGGGGUUUUUUUUAAGGAUUUUUUUUUUCCUUCUUCUAAAUUAUGACAAAUUAGAGGAUGUUAUCUUCAACUUUUUUUCAAGAAAUAAGGCCUACUGGCAAUAAAAACCUAAUGUCUGUUUUCAAUUAAUGAUAUGUUUCAAUGACUUCAUACCGAAUACAUAAUACCAGGCAUAAACUACAAAUUUGACUUGGGACUUGUGGCAUCAGCAAACUAAGCCUGGGAAAACAGAGUUUGCUUUUGGGCAAUUACAGUAUUUUUUUGCAAAAUACUCAUAAUACUGUAUUUUUUAAUUGGCCAUACUGAUAGAAUUGGAGCUGUAAUGUAUAACGGGCAAUUGCUUUUCACAUUUGUCCUUAGGUUCAUGGCUUAAAGAUCACUGUAGUCUCCCAUGUAUGUGACUUUUAUUGGCUUGUAUUCAUUAGUUUGAGAGGUUAAGAAAAUACAUACUAGGAGAAUAUUCUUCUGUCUCUAACUCCAGGAAUGUUAAGAAUGUCUUUGCUCAGUAACCUCGAAGUUAGGGCCUUCCCACUAUUUUUGUUUUUAACAAAAAUAUGUUAAUGUUUUUUUUUUUUUUUUAAGAUACUAAGUAUUUUAAUCUUGUGGCACUAGACAGCUUGAGCAUUUUUUUUGCAUUAAAUUACAGUUCUUUAAAGAAUAAGAAACAAAGCAAACUGUCCUUCCUGAAAGGAUUUUUAAACAGUGGUGCCCCUGUAGUUACAAGAAAUGUGUUACAGUUUUAAUUACGGAAGCUAUGACAUGUAACAUUGUUCCUGCAUUUAAUAGAAUGUGAUGAGGGUUUUUCUAUAAAAUCUUGUGAUUUUUAGUACAAUAAUAUUUUAUAAAUAUAAUGUCUAAUUUGAAAUGUAAAUUGCGUAGCUCUCUAAUGGGUGCUUGGUAAAUGCACAAGAGAUUUAGCUUUGAUUCUCAGGUACCUCUGAUGUAAUGGAGACAUGCUGGGUUUUUCUUCCUCAUGACACAACUGGAAUGUGAAGGAGCUCUCAUAAAUGCUUUAUCCUCUGUGUGCUAGCAUAAAUUGUCGUUGCUCCUUACUGUUUCAAUUUGGGAAUGUCUUUAUUCUGAUUUAUUUCUUGUAGGAAGCACGCACACUUUAAAAAAAUGAAUUUUUAUCUCAAGCAUUUCUUUGAAUGUCAUUAGAUGCUUAAGGAACAGUGAUUUCCCAUACCUACAAAAUGGAAAAUGAAUACUACGUGUGUUGCUCUGUUAAACAGUUGAACUAAUUCCUGUAAUCCUGUGAGACAACCGACAAUUUCUUCUGUGUGUAAUCUGAGAUUUUGGAGCUGUUUGUUUUUUCUGUAUGGGGGAAAUUACGAUAACUCGCUAAAUGCCAUGUAGCAUGCCUUCACUUUUAGGGUUUUGGUGAGUCUUGCAUAGUUGGGUGUACUGCACUCCAGAACAAGGGGAAAAAAGGAUUUCAGUUUUUCUGGCUAUUUUCUGGUAGGUUUCAGUCAUGCUGAAAACAUGUUCGCUACGAGGGACUGCUGCAGAUGUAAUACUAAUUCAGCAAAGGACUGAAAUACAUGCAACAUCAGUACUCAACAAUUGCUUAGCAGGUAUGCGGCACAUGAAUGCCAGUGAAGGCACUGAGGGCCUGAUGUUUCUGUUGCCCAGUGUGCACUGGAUCUUGCUUGUUGGCUUUUGCCUGUGGAAAUCCAAUCCAUAUAGCGGUGUGGGAGCUGUAGUAUGUGACUGAUUUGGCUUGUCAUGGAGUUGGGCUAGAGUGGACUGCACACCGAAACUCAGAAGCAGGGAGGUAAGGCAUGGCCUGGUUAUCUCACUGUGGUGUUGCAAAUGCUGAAGUAUUUUGAGGAAAUACAGUGUUAAGCAGUGGUAUUCUUUGACUGACAAACCAUGGUGCUGCAUGUGAUACUUGACCCAGUAUGCUGGUGUAUGCAUUGUAUACCUCCUUGGAAUGUACUAGCAAAAAUAGGAAAGCCUGCAAAUUACUUUUCUUCGUGUGUGCUGUUGUAAUUGUCACUCUCUUUCACAAUCCCAAUUGUGCCCAGGUACUGCUAUUCACAACUAUGAUUGCUUUAAAAUAGGUGGUAAAAUGGUUUCUUUGUAAUUCUUGGUUCCAUCUCUGUGUUGAAUGUUAUCGUUCCUCUUCCCUGCUAAAAGAUCCUCCUAUGUUAUGGAAAUUAAGUUACUGAGCUAAACUAAGCUAAUGGAGGAGGGGGAAAACCAGUUACAUUUCAGGCAUAGGGUGAGUUUAUUUUCAAAUUUCAUAUGAAAAUAGGCCUCAGUAAGGUAGAGUGCUUGUAUGUUUGUAAAUGAAGUUAAGUGACAUACUCAAAAAAUCAAGAAAUAGAAACUAAUGUUAAUAUCACAAUGUUGACUUCCAUGGUUAACUGCAGGAUGGUACUUUUAAUCAGCUUUCUUUAUUUGGGAUACGUUUUGAGUUAGUUACCAUUUCUGUUAAUGACUGUCAUAUGUAGUGUCUGCAAUUUAAUAGUUAUAACUGCAGUAGCAUUUAAGUGUUGGUUCAUAAACAGUUGUUAUGCAUGAUUUUUUUUUUCUAUCUAAUCCAGGAUUGCAUUAAUAUGCUGUAUUUUGUUUUACAUGGUUAUUGCGUGGCAUGAUUUCUCAGGGAAAUAGGGAUGAUACCAUGUGUUGUGAGAGCUGAUAAGUAAUUCCUGCUUUUAAAAUUGUUACAAACCUUUUCAGGUUUCACUCAAACAUUUCACAUCAGGUAACUUUCAUGUCAAACUUCCUUAGGCCUAUCGGGUAAAUCAUGAUGAGGCAUUUAAAAGUGUCAAUAAAAUACACUCUGCCCAACACUUCAUUACUUUUUGGACAAACAUCCAUUCUAAGCUGAUGCUGCAAUUUGUGUGUGGUUUUCUACUUUAUUGUACUAUGCGCCAUAUAAAUUAAUAGUUACGCUGCUGAUUUUGAAGCUGCGCUUAUGACAGUGAUGUUAACUUCCAGGGUUAGGCAACGCUGUAGUAAUACAUAAUCUAUUUCUGGGUUAAAAUAGCAGUAUAAAUCUUCAAACAUAAAUAUAUUCAUUUAUAUCAUUAAAUUUUUACAAAGUCUGUUCCCUUGGGGGAUUUUUGUUUGUUUUUCCAGAAAGGUUACUUUGGCUAGACUGGGAUUUGAUCCAAAGCCCACCAGAGUCAUAGACAGCAUUAAUAAGGUAAAACCUUACUGAAAAACCCUGCAGUCAGGUUGACCUUUAUGCCUUUGCAGUAUUUCUGUCUACAGCCUACAUUUGGAGUGGUUUGCUUUAAGAUUUCAGUAAUAUAAAUUUGAGGGAAUUUAGUGCUGGUAAAAAUGCUAAACUGUAACUGGUCACAAAACACAUUUCCCUAUAGCCAGCAUGCAGCUUAAUUACUUAAUACAAAUUUGUCUUGCUACAAUACUUUUCUUUAAAAUCAGCAAUAUAAGAAAUGUUAACCACUUCACUUAGUUGUAUACUUCCAGGAGAAUUUUUUUGUUGAUGGUGAGAAUAUAUGAUCAUAGUCAUCAUAGCCUUGAGGAUCAACUUCCUCUUGAUGAUUUCUGAUUUGACACUUCCAUCUGCAUUCACUUUGCAAAGAAUGCAACAGGGCAUUUCCUCUCAAGGUAAAGCUACUGUAACUGUAUUUUGACUGCCCUAGUUGUCUAUAUUGUUAGAACAUAAAUCUGACAUACAAAUGCGACUCUGCUUAGUUGUCUGUGUUCUGACUCUCCUCUGAGGUAAAGUAUUGCAUCAUUACAUCUGAUAUUAGUAGGUAACCAGACUUUUUCUGGAAUGUUUACUGUGAUGUGGAACACAUCCAGAAUUUCAUCUGGUUUUUACUUCCUAGUUUUUUAAAAGCAUCAAAAAGGCUUUUCUCUGAGGAUUUUUGUAGAGAGCAGCUGUUUAGUUCUACAAGUGCAGAGUUCUAUAACUGCAUCUCAGUUUAUAAAGUUGCAUCUAAUGUUCUUUUUAUUUUUUAAUGAACUUUUGAUGGUUUUGUCAGGGAAGGUGCACAGAGUUUUGUAUAUAUUCCACAGAAGAAAUAUGACUGGAUACUGGAAUGGCCUCAGAAAUAAUAGUUCAGGGAUGUUUCUGUACUUCUUCAUAUAUGUUUGAAGCUUUUCCACGGUGCAUUUUUUGUUUGUUU